GCUAAUGAGACUCCCGAGGUUCUGGCAGGCGCUUGGAGGCGGCGUGCGCGGUGUACAGUCCGGAGAAGAGAGCGGGAGGCUCAGGAGUCGCUGCUGCUGCUACUGUUGCUGACAGCCGCUACUGAAGGCGCCUACGCAGGCAGGGGCUGCAAACAUACUCCGGGGAAGGAGAAGAGCUGCUGCCGCCACCGCCGCCACCGCCGCCGGGCUCCCUCCCUUUGGGCUGCGCGUAAAGCGCGCCAAGAAGCCAGUGGAGAGCGAAAGAGAAGCAACAAGUCUCCCGUUUGCGUCGUCAGGGGCGGGACGGGGAGAGGGGAGCAGAGCAGAGCACCUGGGCGCCGCCCCUGGGACCUUCCACAAAGGCUGCUUGUGAAGCCGAAAUUCCCCCUCCGCCGCUUCUCUCUGGCUGCUGAGACCCUUCCACGCCUGCUUGGAUGGCAACUUUGGGGGUACCCUGGAAAAGCCUGCCACGAUCUCUUUGCAUUGAAAGGCCACUUGGCUUUGGAGGGGACUAAUUUGGAGUUUAUUAUUAUUAUUAUUAUUAUUAUUAUUAUUAUUAGUGUUUGUGUGCAUUUCCGUUAUUGUUUUGUUGGCGGGGACCUCUUGGCAAACUAUUCCUCCGCGAAGGAGGAGAAAGAAAGGAAAUUUCAUUCCUGCCUCGAGUCCCAACCGAGCAUGGUGGGGAAAAGCCAGGACGCCAAAGGUCAGGAUCCCGACGGGGAGGCCAGCUGCUUUGGAGGACAGCGCUGCUGCUCCAGCAGGACUGCGCCCUCCAGCUCGCUGCUGGCUGCCCUCCUCUUCUCUGUGGUAUCCAUCGUUUCCUGCGUGUAUCUGGGGAUGAAGACCAAUGACCUUCAGGCCAGGGUCUUGGCCAUCGAGACUGCCCAAGGGGACAUAUUUGCUGCUGCUUCUGCUUCUGCUUCCAACCAGCUGAUGCCCAGCUAUACUUUGGAUCAGCUGAAUUCACUGAUGCAGGACAAGGUGGAGCAACUUUUGGCUCAGAAGUCUUAUGAGCAUAUGGCAAGAAUCAGAAUAGCAAGAGAAGCUCCUCCAGAAUGCAACUGUCCACCAGGUCCUCCUGGUAAACGAGGCAAGCGAGGAAGAAGAGGAGAGAUUGGAGCUCCUGUAAGUACAACUGAUAUACUAUUGGAUCAUCUAUGUUACCAAGGAUGGGGCAGAUUUUGAAAACUGGU